UUACGUUGACGCGCGACUCGGUGACCGUGAAACCGGCGCUUCCUCUACGCUCGCGCGGCACCGCGACGCAUCGACGCGACGUCGGCUGGCCUGGCACGUCUCCCGGGGAGGGGGGCAGCGCGAGGUAUCCCAGGUGUGUAAAUAACUUUACGUUGAACACCGAGUGUCGCCCCGUACGGGAGCCAUCUUGCUGGGUGGGCACACGCAGCCACGGACACCGAUGUUUUCCGCACGAAAAGGAAAUCGAGGGGCACCAGGAGUGGUAGCUACGGGCCUGAUGCGCGCGCGGGAAGCGACAUCUGGUGGUCGAUCGGCGAGUCUCGCGGACGGGCAUUCGAAAAAUGGCCGACAGCGGGGAUGGUGUGAACAGCACGUCGUCCGGGAAAGAGACGAGAAAUACGCUCACUGAUGGCCCAGUGACCGAUCCAGCGUCCAACAUGAAGAGCCUAGAGGCAUCAAAUAAUGCCUUUCACGGCGCGAGAACAAAAUUAGAUUCGAAAUCUGGAGCGUUGAAGAAGUCCAGCCGCUACCGAAGUCGCUCCUUGUCGGCCAGCAGCACCGAUAGUUACAGUUCCGCCUCUUAUACAGGAAGCUCGUCUGAUGAGGAUGAUGUCUCACCGCGCGAAAAGAUCCAGAAGACAGAGAAGGGCUUCACGGAUUUCUGCGUACGCAACAUCAACCAGCAUGCUUUCGGUCGCAGAGAGAUUGAGAUCGCCGAGCAAGAGAUGCCAGGAAUCAUGGCAUUGCGAAAACGCGCAGCGGAUGACAAGCCGCUGAAAAACGCCAAGAUCGUGGGAUGUACUCACAUCAACGCGCAGACUGCCGUUUUAAUUGAGACCCUGGUGGAACUGGGCGCGCAGGUACGAUGGGCCGCGUGCAACAUUUAUUCCACGCAAAACGAGGUGGCCGCUGCGUUGGCGCACGCCGGAUAUCCGGUGUUUGCGUGGCGCGGCGAAACCGAGGAAGAUUUCUGGUGGUGCAUCGACAAGUGUGUAGCGACCGAAAAUUGGCAGCCUAAUAUGAUACUGGACGACGGCGGUGACGCUACCCAUUUAAUGCUCAAGAAAUAUAAUGCCAUGUUCAAAAUGAUUCAAGGAAUUGUCGAAGAGAGCGUAACAGGUGUACAUAGAUUAUAUCAAUUGUCAAAGGCAGGUAAAUUGUCUGUUCCCGCGAUGAAUGUGAAUGACAGUGUGACCAAGACGAAAUUCGAUAAUCUCUACAGCUGCCGCGAGAGCAUCAUCGAUAGUUUGAAAAGAUCCACAGACAUCAUGUUUGGCGGGAAACAAGUUGUGAUAUGUGGCUAUGGAGAGGUAGGGAAGGGAUGUUGCCAAGCUCUCAAAGGUUUAGGUUGCAUCGUAUACAUCACCGAGAUCGAUCCCAUAUGCGCUCUGCAAGCCAGCAUGGACGGCUUCAGAGUGAUGAAGCUCAAUGAAGUCAUACGAAAUGUAGACAUUGUCAUUACAGCGACGGGCAAUAAGAACGUGGUCACGCGCGAGCACAUGGACAAAAUGAAAAACGGAUGCGUUGUUUGCAACAUGGGUCACAGCAACACGGAGAUUGACGUUAACAGUUUACGUACGCCCGAUUUGACUUGGGAAAAAGUGAGAUCGCAAGUGGACCACGUUAUUUGGCCGGACGGUAAGCGCAUAAUACUGUUGGCGGAGGGUCGUUUAGUAAACUUGUCGUGCUCGAGUAUUCCAUCCUUCGUGGUGUCGAUUACUGCCGCUACGCAAGCUUUAGCUCUCAUCGAACUAUUUAACGCACCACCAGGACGAUACAAGAGCGAUGUUUAUCUGCUGCCGAAGAAGAUGGAUGAAUACGUCGCAUCGCUGCAUUUACCCACGUUUGACGCGCAUCUAACGGAACUGACGGACGAGCAGGCAAAAUACAUGGGCCUCAACAAGGCUGGUCCGUUCAAGCCUAAUUAUUAUCGGUUAGUAUCAAGCUACAGGUUCCGCCACGAGAAGAAAGUGAUUAAUUGAUUGCGUGUGUUUUUUUUAUGUACCUGUGUUAUCUACCUACCUACUGUGGAUCUGUUUCAGCUACUAAAAACCAAUGGACGAGUAAUGUGGCAUUGAUUUAGCACGUGCGACACUCACUCAGCAUUACACACUUUCAAGUAUUAAAAAAACAACCACCCUUCCUUGACUUUGUGCCGAAGUUGGCUGGCUUUCUCUUUUUAUCCCACUGACGUCCAUUCUCCGUUCUCGUAAAAUCGAUACGAGACUUUUAUUUAUGGUUCAACCUUCGUGAAGGGAUUCGCGCGACUUGAUUCCAUUGUUAUCGUGCUAAUCAUCCACAAGGAAUGCGUUAAUAAUGUCAUGAACACAACACACUGAUUCAAGCAAUUACCCAAUAAUCGAUAUUAGAAAUUACUAUCCGGGCUGGGCAAAAUGUAUUUGAAGAAAGCGUAAAAUAUAUAAGUUAUUUUCACACA